AUGUUACAAUAUGCACAAAAGAGAGUCAACGGCAUUCAGGACUUGGAGAGAAAACUAAAUGAAUUUGGGUAUCGCGUUGGUACUCGUGUCUUAGAGUUGUUAGCUUGGAGAGAAAAAGUAUCAAAACGAGAGAUUAAAGUGAUCAAUGUCCUGUACUUUAUUCAUAGCACAGUGUGGAAAUCAUUAUUUGGAAAGCAAGCAGAUUCACUCGAAAAGAGUACAGAAAAUGAAGAUGAAUACAUGAUUUCAGAUAAUGAACCUAUCUUGACAAGAUAUAUAUCUGUACCUAAAGAACUCUCACAACUGAAUUGUAAUGCAUUUGUGGCUGGUAUUGUAGAAGCUGUCCUGGAUGGUUGUCAAUUUCCUGCGCGUGUGACAGCACACACAGUUCCUGCUGAUGGAUACCCUCAAAGAACAACAAUCCUUAUCAAAUUGGAUAAAGAAGUGUUAGAGAGAGAAGAGCUUUUAAAAUAA